GUGGAGUACCGAGGCCGUCAGGAGCGUCUGAUCCGGAUCAGGAACCCGUGGGGUCAGGUGGAGUGGACCGGAGCCUGGAGCGACAACUCGUCGGAGUGGAGCGCCAUCGACUCUGCAGAGAAAGACGAGCUGCUCUGUAAGAUGGAGGACGGAGAGUUCUGGAUGUCUUUCCAGGAGUUCCUGCGUCAGUUCUCGCGGCUGGAGAUCUGCAAUCUGACCCCGGACGCCCUCAGUCAGGACGCCGUCAGUUUUUGGACCACGACGAUGUUUGAGGGCGGCUGGAGGAGAGGAAGCACGGCGGGAGGCUGCAGGAACCAUCCCAACACGUUCUGGAUCAACCCUCAGUACAAGAUCUCGCUGCUGGAGGAGGACGACGACCCCGAGGACGACGAGGCCGCCUGCAGCUUCCUGGUCGCUCUGAUGCAGAAAGACCGCCGCCGCCACCGCCGCCACGGGCAGGACAUGCACACCAUCGGCUUCGCCAUCUACGAG